AUGGAGCUGCUAACUGAAAUACUGGUUGGCAUUGCCAGCUGCAUUCUGUUCUUUACAGUGGCCCAUCCUCAGGAGCCUCACCACCCCUCUGACAAGCCGGUCAUCCACUGCCACAAAUGUGGGGAGCCAUGUAAAGGUGAAGUACUCCGUGUUCAGGCCAGACACUUUCACAUCAAAUGCUUCACCUGCAAAGUGUGCGGCUGUGACUUGGCACAAGGAGGCUUUUUCAUUAAGAAUGGCGAAUAUCUUUGCACCUUGGAUUACCAGCGCAUGUAUGGUACCCGCUGCAACGGUUGUGGGGAGUUUGUGGAAGGAGAAGUUGUGACAGCUCUGGGAAAAACUUACCAUCCGAGCUGCUUUGCCUGUACUGUUUGCAAGCGUCCAUUUCCACCAGGCGAUCGAGUUACCUUUAAUGGAAGGGACUGUCUCUGUCAGAUGUGUGCUCAGCCAAUGUCCUCCAGUCCAAAAGAAUUGUCUGCCUCAAGCAAUUGUGCUGGCUGUGGAAGAGACAUAAAAAAUGGACAAGCAUUGCUAGCUCUGGAUAAGCAGUGGCACCUGGGGUGCUUUAAGUGCAAGGCCUGCGGGAAGGUCCUAACCGGGGAAUACAUCAGCAAAGAUGGUGCUCCUUAUUGUGAAAAGGACUAUCAAGUUCUUUUUGGAGUCAAAUGUGAAGCAUGUCACCAGUUCAUUACCGGGAAAGUCCUAGAGGCAGGUGACAAGCAUUAUCAUCCAAGCUGUGCACGAUGCAGCAGGUGCAACCAAAUGUUCACGGAAGGAGAAGAAAUGUAUCUGCAAGGUUCCACUGUCUGGCAUCCCGACUGUAAGCAAUCCACUAAGACUGAAGAUAAGCUACGGCCUACAAGAACAUCAUCAGAAAGUAUUUAUUCCAGACCAGGUUCCAGUAUACCUGGCUCUCCAGGCCACACUAUCUAUGCAAAAGUAGACAAUGAGAUCCUUGAUUACAAGGAUUUAGCAGCCAUUCCCAAAGUCAAGGCCAUUUAUGACAUUGAACGUCCAGACCUAAUUACUUAUGAGCCAUUCUACACUUCUGCCUACGAGGACAGACAGGAGAGACAGAGUCUUGGAGAGUCUCCAAGGACAUUAUCGCCUACCCCUUCUGCAGAAGGUUAUCAAGAUGUUCGGGAUCGCAUGAUUCACAGGUCUACUAGUCAGGGCUCCAUUAAUUCUCCAGUGUACAGUCGUCAUAGCUACACACCCACCAUGUCACGUUCCCCUCAGCAUUUCCACAGACCUGGCAAUGAGCCGUCCAGCGGUCGGAACUCCCCUGUCCCCUACCGGCCCGACAGCCGCCCUCUCACUCCAACUUACGCUCAGGCCCCUAAACAUUUCCAUGUUCCAGAUCAAGGUGUCAACAUUUACAGAAAACCGCCAAUCUACAAACAACAUGCUGCUUUGGCAGCACAGAGCAAGUCCUCCGAGGAUAUCAUCAAGUCCUCCAAGUUCCCAGCAGCUCAUGCACCAGCACCCAACGAGAUACCAAAGAUUGAGACAGAACACUGGCCAGGUCCUCCCUCCCUUGCGGCCAUAGGAGCUGACAUGAGACGCAGAUCAAGCGGAAGAGAGGAAGAUGAUGAGGAGCUACAGAGACGCCGGCAACUGCAGGAGGAGCAGCUCAUGAAGCUCAACUCUGGUCUGGGACAACUGAUAUUGAAAGAAGAGAUGGAAAAGGAGAGUCGCGAUAGGUCGGCCCUUUCUGCCAGUCGUUACGAUUCUCCAGCACAUGCUUCAGCCUCCAAAACCUCUUCUCUCCCUGGCUAUGGAAAAAAUGGACUUCACAGGCCGGUGUCUACAGAUUUUGGUCAGUACAACAGUUACGGGGAUGUGAGUGGUGGUGUUAGAGAUUUCCAGUCCCUUCCGGAUGGCCAUGUCCCUGGAAUGAGAAUGGACAGAGGAGUAUCUAUGCCUAACAUGUUGGAGCCAAAGAUUUUUCCAUAUGAAAUGCUCAUGGUGACCAACAGAGGGCGAAAUAAAAUACUAAAAGAUGUAGACAGAACCAGGCUUGAGCGUCACUUAGCACCUGAAGUUUUUCAAGAAAUAUUUGGGAUGACGAUACAGGAGUUUGACAAGUUACCUCUCUGGAGACGCAACGACAUGAAGAAAAAAGCAAAACUCUUUUAAUCUCCCCUCAAACAAACCAACAGAAAAUGAUGCAUAGGAUAUUGUAUCAUACAGUCCAAACUAUUUGGAAGCAACUACUUAUCCACCAAAAAGGGAAAAUCGCAUAGUGGCACCUCUGUAUACAGCAAUUGAACAAGAUGAAUGUUUGCCCUCCUGGAACACAGGGAGAAAAUAUCUGGGCUCAGAAACAGCAGUGAUAGUUUUCAGAGGUGUCAACCUGUUACAUGAUCUUAUACAAGAUAGGAAACUGUUCUGUUCUUCUCCCUCAAUGAUAUUCCCUUUACUUUUCUCCACAACAUGAUGGACUUUAUUGCUAGAGCCAGGAAGUGCCCUUAGGAUGCCUUGUAGACUAAAGUAGUUGUAACCACUCCAAGAACUGGAAAAGAAUAUAUAUAUAUA